AUGUCUACGGCUGACGCAGAUCCUAUACACUCAGUAGAUUCUGAUGCUCCGCCGCCACUACCUCCAACGUCGCGGCCACUGGACUUGCUUCCGCCAAGGACAAACUCGCACCAUGCCCAACCGGCGCCCACGCCCGACCCUGCAGGGCCCGAAGAUCUGCCUCAGUCACAACCCAUGACCACAACCCACUCAGCCUCUUCACAGAAUCCCGACACUGACAAUGUCGACAUCAAUGCUGCCGGCCCGUACGGCACCCGCUCCCGUAAUCGUGGUCCGCGCAUCAAUUAUGCCGAUGACAAGGAGCUCGACAUGGAAAUCGAGGCCGCCGGCCGUAUAGGCAAGGGCGCCUCAAGAAAGGCGGCCGCCGUCGCUGCAGCUUCAACACCCACCGGUAGUGGCACCAAUGUCAGCAAUGGGUUCUCGACAAUCAAUUCCGUCUCCAUCCCUAAUGGAGAACUUGCUGCCCAGAACAAUACUGUAAACCCUAAUCACGCGCCUGCGCCUGCUCCCUCUAAAAAGCGGAAACAGCCUGGAGGCUCUGCUACCGCAAGUGGUACCACCACGCCCUUCGCACCGGGUUCGCGCCAUCAACCUGCACAGUCUGCGCAUUAUGUUGCGUCUAACAUGAUGAGCUUCACAAAAAGUGGCGGGCGACUCAAUUCAAAGAAGCAGCUUGUCGCUGACGAUGGAACUACACUUGAAGCUGAUGACCAUACCUACCUUGUCUGUGAACCUCCGGGUGAAGCCUAUUACCUUGCUCGAAUCAUGGAAUUCCUCCAUGUCAAUAACGACCCGACUGCGCCGAUCGAUGCUGUACGAGUGAAUUGGUACUAUAGACCGAAAGACAUUGGCCGAAGAGUACAAGAAACCAGACUGGUGUUUGCGUCUAUGCAUUCCGAUACAUGCCCGCUAGCCUCGCUGCGUGGCAAAUGUCAUAUUGAGCACAUCGCCAGUAUCGACAGCCUGGAGACGUAUCGCAAACAGAAAGACUGCUUCUGGUUUGACAAGCUCUACGAUCGGUACAUGCAACGAUAUUACGAAGUUGUUCCUACCAGCAGAGUUGUCAAUGUUCCCCAGCGAGUCAAGGACGUCCUCGACGAACGAUGGAAGUUUGUGUUGAUCGAGGUUGGGCGCAGUCGGGAUCUGACCAGCGCAAGCAAGAGAUGUAUUCGGUGUGAACAAUUUGCUGCGAACCAUGACUCAGUGGAUUGCGCUGUAUGCAAGAAUACAUACCAUAUGCGCUGCGUACGGCCCCCUCUACUCAAGAAACCCGCUCGUGGCUUUGCCUGGGCUUGUGCUGCUUGCAGUCGCAAGCAGGAGCUCAGACUGGAGGCGCGCAACACUCCUACGGCCUCCGAAUCCGCCCAGACUCCGGACGAUGAAGCUAUGGAUGAGGACGAGGACGAUAACAUCCGUCUUGCAGCGGAUACGCGCGAUAGUAGUGCCGCUCCUGAAGAACACCCUCCCCCCACAGCCGCGCAAAUCGCUCAAGCCAACUUAUGGCCAUGGAGAUACCUUGGCGUGCACUCGCGCGUCGAAGAUGCCCUCGACUACGAUGACCGGAUCUACCCCCGAGCCAGCUCCCGAUUGGGGCCCCGACACCAAGCAAACGUCAAUGUCUGGCAUGGCCGUCCUGUUCAACUAGUCAAGCCAGCCGAAAUCAAGAAGAAAUACCAGAAGCAUACCACUUCCAAGAAGGACGGAAAACUUUCAAAGGACACUCUCGCGCAGAUGGAAGCCGAGAAAGAUUCGCGCCAGAAGCGUCCGAAAUGGGUUCUCGACGAGCCUGUGGGCUAUGUCGCCCGUGGUGAGGAUGAAAUGGUCGAAAUUCGGGGCAAGAAAGAGUAUACCGCCCAGCUUACCUUUAAAAUGCCCGAUCCGUCCAAGUUCACCGAGCGCGGUCUAGACGAGCCAGCGAAAGCUGUGGAUGGUGAAAAGCUUGUGGACGAUUACAUUACGCAAGUGAAAAAACUCGCGGGUCAGUACGAUAUCGAGGAAACGUCUGUUGAUCUUCUCACAAAAGCCGUCGAGAAGCUGCAAGCCAACGACUACGAUGCAGAAAAAGCUCUUGCCGCGAUGAGGUCACUCUCGAAACGUAGCGACCUCAAGCUGCCCGAUCUGAAUCGAGAAGAGGUCAAACGCUUCGAAGAAGGCGUGCAGAAAUAUGGCAGUGAGCUUCACCUGGUUGCUCGGCACGUCGGCACUGUCAAAGAAUCGCGUGUCGUUCGCUUUUACUAUAUGUGGAAAAAGUCUGAGCGAGGGCGACAGAUUUGGGGCAACUACGAGGGCCGUCGGUCCAAAAAGGAAUCACGCAGGGCCGACAAGUCUGAUGGCAAAAUUGACGAUGUUGCAGAUGAUGCAGACGACUCAGCGUACGACAACGACAAGGCUGCUGCUAAGAAACGAGGCUUCGAAUGCAAGUUUUGCAUGACUCGCCAGUCGAGGAUUUGGCGUCGAGCCCCUGGAACCUCUCCGGGGACAUUAGUGCCUGGCGAUUCGGCUGCAAAAAAUUCCAAAGAUAAAAGUGGCUGGCUGGUUCUCGCUCUUUGCGGAAAAUGUGCGUACCUCUGGCGAAGAUACGCCAUCCAGUACGAGAACAUCGAGGAGAUCUCCAGAAAAAUAGCAGCUGCUGGUGGACGCGCUGCGAAGCGAAAGAUCGACGAAGAGCUACUCCAGAUCCACUACGAGGCGCAUUUCGAAGCCGGAGAUCCUAUUUCAUUGCACACGGCCAACGAAGUUCACAAGGCCGGCGUCGAGGUACCUCAGAAUCUCGUACAACACGAGGAGCCUCCCAAGAAGAAGGCCAAGGCCGACAAAGAUGUUUCAGCUGCUGCUACGCCAGAGAUCAUUCCAGAGAAGAAAAAGCCCGCCGAGAAGAUUCCUGAAGCCCCUCUCGAGCCCGAGGCCCCCAGAGUGAAGAUUCACCCGUGUGCUGUGUGUCAUGUCAUCGAGGUACCAGGACAACGACUGCUCAAGUGUCGUGAUUGCCGAUUGCACGUCCAUGGCGCUUGCUAUGGUGUAGCUCCGAACGUGAGCACUGUACCUUGGUUUUGUGAUAUGUGCCGGAACGACCACAAUCUGCAGGUUUCUACGAUCUAUGAGUGUCUGCUAUGCCCUGUCACCCACACCCCUCAAGAGCUCAUGGAGCCACUGAAGGUGUCCCACAAGAAGAAGACCGAUCGCGAGCGCGAGAAGGAGCGAAUGGAGAAAGAGAUGGUCCAAGAAGCCAGCAGAAGAUGGCGACAGGAGCAAGAAUCUGCAGGUCGUCCCGUGAAUCCCAGAGAGGCGCUCAAACGCACUGCUUGGAACAAUUGGGUUCACAUAGUUUGCGCACUGUGGACGCCAGAGAUGAAGUUUGCUGAUGCCGAUUUACUGGACGCUGCUGAGGGCGUAGGCUUUAUCCCACCGGAAAGUUACGAAAAUGUCUGCAAGGUCUGCAAGACUGCCGGCACGAAACCAACGCACCAGUGCCACCUGCCUGGCUGUACUGCUACCUUUCACAUCGGCUGCGCUCACCAGUCCGGCUACAUUUUCGGAUUCGAUGUCACCCCAGUCAAGAGCAGCCGCCGCGAUGCCGUGAGUCUCAUCAAAUUCGCGAGCGAAACUGGUGUUGCUGUUCCAGGCAUUUGGUGUCCGAAUCAUGCACCACCAACUUAUGUUCACAGCAUGGUUGAGCUGACCGAGGGUGAUGUCACUGCUCUGCAGGUUUAUGCGCGGGCUUACAAGCAGGCGGACAAUUCAAUCACUGGCACUGUCCGAAGAGCCAAACAAUUCGCCGCCAAUGCGCCAAUACCAGCUUCGGCUGUCCAGCAACCGCAACGUCAGGCUACAAUCACUAACGGUGUGGCUUCGGGCUCUGGCCAACCCGACAGAUCGAUUCCUCGUGCUCGGACAUCCCGAUCUCUCUCGCCGACGGCUGCAGAAGAUGGAAUGGAGUUGGAGGCCGGUGACGCUGCUGAGCAAAAAGGCUCGGUCAACAAACUUUCUACCCGCAAAGAGUGCUGUACUUGCCGCAUCAAGGCCACUCCAAAGUGGUGGCCUGUUCGUUUGGAUUCGGCACAGGACGAAAGAUCUUCGUCACCCACCCGUGACGCCGAGGAUCGUUACAGACUCAACGGUAUCGAUACCACCUCACACAGGGACGACACGUUCAUGACCAACGGCAUAGUGAAAAAGGAACCGCGCGAUCAGUCUGGCAUCAGCGGGGCGCUCCCAGCAGAUCGGACCAUGUGGCAAUGCCACAGAUGUCAUGUCAGAAAGAUUGCUCCGCCAUCGUCCCCUUCUCAGGUUCGGCGAUCCGAGCCUACCCCGUCGGAGCCCGUUCAAGAACCUCCCGCUCCCGAGCCGCAGCCGUACGUCCAGCCGCCGGGCUACAAUUACACGCCACGGCCGCCCCCAGCCGACGCUGCUCCUCCUCCGCACUCGCAUCCUCCAGGCCCUCCAGCUGUAGCCCAACAUGCACCGUGGCCCCCGACUCCAACGCAGUGGGGUGAUCCAAUUCUGAGAAACAACCCACCUCCUCCCUCUGUUGUGUAUGGACCAGCUCCGCCGCGAAGCGAUGGACAGCAGCCAUCGAGUCUUUGGGGAGGUCAUCGGGAUGGGCCGUACGGAGUGCCUCCGCCGCCGCCGCCGCCUUCAUCGAGUGGUCCUCCGCAACAUUCGCCGCCUCCGGCAGGCCCAUACAGUUUUCCACACCAACACGGCUCACCCGCUCAUGGUGGUCCACCCCCUCCGAUGCCUGCCUUGGCUCGCCCGCGAUCACCACCUAGAGCUAGCUACGAUUACUCUCGAACGGGCCUUGGCAUUGGUGGGCCUAGUCACUUAGGAAGACCAUUCCCCGAGCAUUCGCCAUCUCACGUCAAUGGGUACGGUUCAUCUCAAGGAUCAUGGGGCCCAGCCCCGCCUCAACCAGGUCUUGCGCCUCCUCCGCGCCCUCCUUCGAUACAUGGCCAGCCCCUCACUCAGAUGGCGCAGGCAGCCGAGCAGAUCAAUAGCUCGCAGCAUAUGCGCAGCAUGAGUAACGAAGGGGCCACGCGGCUAGGACAACCUGUCAACCCAGUGGGUGGGUUUCCUAGCCCGCAUAUGAUGGGUGGUGCGCAGCCGCGACCUAUCACACCAGCUGAUGCAAGAGCGGAGGAGAUGCGAGCAGAACGGGAUCGCCCAGGUGCAAGUGCGAGCCCCAGUGUAAGGAACCUACUCAGCUAG